AUGAACAAUUACAAUAUUUCAAACUCUUCUGGUGGUGGUUCUUCCUAAAAAUCUUCUCGAUACUAUGGCCUUCCCCAAACAGGCCAGACCCAUUUGAGUGCUUCACCCUAAAAUGAUCAGUCCAGGCCUCAUAAAAUUCAGGUGCUUAAGCCAAUAAUAAAUUACAGGCACAAUGCGAACAAAGUGAUCGGAGUAGAUAUGAGUCAAGAAGAAUACUUCUUUUACAAGCCAAUCUUGGGAGGUAGAAAAAUUCAAGCCAAAGAGAAUUAUUAGAGUGAGAACUAGCAGUAAUCACAACAACCUCCUUCAAUGCAAUAGUACUCUAAACAGAGUUUGAUUGGUCUUAAUAAAAAAGAGAGCUAUGGAGGCAGCAGCAAUUCCACAAACAGCAAUCACCAAAGCACUGCCUAAUAGUCAAAAGAGACACCCCACCAUAGCAGCAAGUUUCAUAUGCAUUAGAUGAACUCGAAUCAUUUGAUGUCACCUAAAUCAGUCAUUACAAACAGCUUAUUGCAAAAUCAGAAAAGUCAAAAUUACUCCUAGGCUAAUGAGGGCAUUGCAUCUCAAAAGCGAAGCUAAAUUUAAAAUUACUCAUCGAAUUCACAACCACUAACUCAAAGAUAUAUGGGCAGUGACGAAAAUUCAAAGAAUGAAAGUUACAGUGGAAAUCACUACAGAACAAAGUUAUCCACAAUUGAAGAUAGCGGUAUUAGUGACUUUAAAUCCAUUUCUAACUUAGUAAAUUUUGAAUCUUUAAUCAUUAUAUAGAGUCCAACUAAUGGUUAAUCAAGAUAGACACUUGACGGUAGAUUGAGCUAGGGAAGAGUAUCAUAAUCGAGGGAAAGCCAUAAUAAUGUCUCCUAAAAUACAGGCGACAUGACUUCUGACUCCCAAGGCAAUAACAUAAAGAGUUCGUUGAUAGCUUUCGAGAAUCAUAAAUAAUUCAGCAAUAAUCCUUUGAAAGAUAUUUCAAAUCAAGUAUCUAAUAACUCUAACAGCCAUCAUCACAGUUCAAAGUCAAAGAAUAGCUAGUAAAACUUCAACAUCGGUGGUAGCACAUCCUCAAGACAUAGUUUACCUUUCUAAAUAGCUCCUAGCUCAAUAAAAAUUAAUAACUAUCUAGAUUAGCCUUUCAAGUAGAUCACUCCAUCAAUCAAGACCAAUGAUAAAGAUAGUGGAUUGCCAUUUUAACUAUCUUCAGGGUCUAACUCAAAGUUUACUGAUAAAAAUGGAGCGAAAAUAUCAAGCUUUGAUGAAUAAAACAGAUACAGCAGCAAGCUUCAAACUCAUUAAUCAAAUAGCAGUCAGAGUGGUCACCAGUAGAAGAGUUACUUUGAAAAGAAGAGACUUUCUGAUAAUGCCUUAGAUGAUAAGUACAGAAUGGAAGAAGACGUUAUAAAGGACAUAUUUGAGAAAAAAGAGAAAACAAGAAAAGGUCACAAUGCCUCAGUGACAACCAACACCUCUACUACUUCAAACAAUACAAAUAAGAAGUUAGGCAGUUAUGGAUAGCUUGGUCAUAAUUAAAAUCCACACACUCAAUCAACUAUUCACGUCUCUAGGAAGUCCUAAUUAGGCUCUAAGAAUAGCACUCCUUCUAAUGGAACAGCCACUCCAAAUGUCUUUGCCUAAUAAAUAUCAUCAUUCAAAAUUAUUGAGAAUUAAGAUAGAGUUAUAACUAAUGUAAUGGAGUAGAUCAAGCGAAAGCAAAAGGGCUCUUUCAGUUUGAAAGAAACUGCUAAGUCUAUUAAAGAGCUGAAUAAGUCAAUUCAAGCCUAAUCAAAUGAUAGCAGCUUCUUAUCAUUACUUAGGCAGCAUACGAGAACACAUUUCGUCUCAUUAGCUUUUGUUAAGGCUCUUGACGAGGAUCUGACUGGUUUGAACAGAACUACUGAUAAUCUACAAGCCAUCGUUCUUAAUGCUCUAGAAUAUGUAAAAAAGAACUUCAAAUGUUUGAAUGAUAUCUUACUUAAUGCCAGUAUUACUAGUAAUGGUAAUAAAUCAAACAAAAACGGUAAGAAAGACCUCAAUAGCAAUCCAUUUGGAGUUGGUGGGAGCGGUGCAGUCACUACUAGAAAUAGUAAUAAAGAAAAUUAUGGGUCAACUUAGAACUCAAAUAAAAAUGCAGGCUCUAAGAGUGAAAAGAAAAUGUUCAUAAAGCAGAAUAUCUAAAUCUCCCUCGCCUUCUUGAAAAAGAUAUGCAGAAUAUCAAAGACCUACUAAGAUAAAUUCAAGGAAUUCCAACAAAUACUUAAUAACAUUGAAACAGGUGCUUAAACUACAAAAGUAAAGGAUUAGAUUAAAAGAGCACUUUAGCAAAUUAGAAUUGAGUAGAAAGCAUAAAUCUAGCAUACCCAAAGCUAGGCUAACAUCAAUUCUACAAAUUCCCCAAGAAAGAGCAGUUUAACUACCACCUCUAGAAAGUCAAGAAAGAGAGAGAAUAUUACUAUUGAUAUCGAUGAAGAUCAAACUUAACUACAAACAACUAACAAUUAUCACUUUGGUGGCUAGUUUAGUGAACUGAAGGAACAUGAGCAUGAGGAAAGCAUGGAAGAUAAUAAAUCUUCUGAUAAGCAUCAAUCUGCUCAAAAAGUUGAUACUGAUCCCUUUAUUCAAGGUGAAAUAGAUGAAGAGAGAAAAGAUGAAAAAGAGAAAACAUUUUCACACUUGUUUGGUAACAAAGAGAAUUCAGCUCCUAACUUCAUCGAUAAACCAGGCAGAUAUUCUCUCUAACCCUAGCCUUUAGGACUUAUUAAGUUGAACAAUGAGUAAAGCCAAAACACUGUAGUGCCCAAGACUGUAGAUGAGGAAAAACCUUGCAUUAAAGUCUAUUAAUCAGCUAAGUAAGCUUAAGCAGAUAAGGAAAAUAUUGCAGCUGAUAAGGAAAACACUUAGCAACCACAAUUGAGUAUUGUAACUAAGAAGCAUGCCACCAAGAUUUCAAAUACUCAUGAGCCCAUCACUGUUAGAGGAUAAAGGACAAAUCCUAGAUUCAACCUAAAUGAGGAAAGUAAUGGCCUCUAGUAUUGUUUCGCUCCACCUCACAUCAAUAACAGGUCUAGCAGUCUGCCUUCCAAAGAACCAUACCUUCCUUAAGAUGUUACUAGAGGACUUGAUUACACUUUGGUCCUUGAUCUUGAUGAAACUCUUGUACAUUUUGAUCCAAGGAUAAGAACAUACCGACCAAGACCUUUCUGCUUGAAAUUCCUACAUGAGAUGUCAAAAUACUACGAACUAGUUGUAUUCACAGCUGGACUCAAAGAUUAUGCUGAUUGGAUAUUAAAUGAUCUUGAUAGAUCGUGCUACAUUUCUCAUAGACUAUACAGAGAUCAUACUAAAUGUAGAAGUGGCGUCUAUAUUAAGGAUCUUUCUAAGAUUGGAAGAGACCUCACCAAAACCAUCAUUAUUGAUAACAUUGAGGAAAACUUCCAGGCUUAACCAGAUAAUGGCAUCCCUAUUAAGGGAUGGUAUCACGACUCCAGUGACAGAGAACUAGAGAGAUAUGCCAUGUUCUUAAGAGACAUUGCUCUGAAAAGAGUUCAAGAUGUUAGACCUGAAGUCAGGCAAUUCAAAUACAAGCUAAACUUAAGUUCCUCAGUUAUAGAAGGCAGCCCAAACAGUUCCCGACAUCCUUAAAAGCAUGGAAACAAUGAGAGACCUAGUGGAACUAAUAAUCAAUAAAUGCAUAGAAGAGUAGGGAACUAGCAAAAUAAUUUAUAGCCGUGGGGAGUUAGAUGA